AUAACACAUUUGAAGCCUCUAGCCCAUUGUGUGGUUUCUGUUGAAAGAAUGAAAACAGGAUAAUUGAGAAUUUACGGCGUUUCUGUACAACUGCAAUCCCCUGGGUAGGGACUGCAUCUAGAUUCACCUUUGUUUUCAUUGUGCCUUGCACAGUGCUUAGGAGCAGUUUUAAUAGGUGAUCAGUAAUUACUUAAUUGACUGGAAGUGUAUUCAAGUAUGUUCUAAUUCUGCCCUAUCUGGAGAAGCAUGUAUAUCAGGAGAAAUAGACUUAUUUUGCUUACAUUGUUAUUUAUCACAUGUUUUCAGACUAGUAUUAGAAAAUAUAUUCUAAACAUGCAAACUGGUGUCCUUACAAAUGGCCAUACUAGCUGUUUUCUUUCAUAGUCCAAAUUGUGUGCGUCUAGCUAAAUAACAGUCUGCUACAUUAUAAUAGCAAAUGCGAUUUUGUUGUGUGGAGACUUAAGGUGUGAUUAGGGUCUGCUGUUUCUCACCCUGAAUGGUGGUUUUUAUACAUGACAAAGCUGGCUAGCACGUUCAUUUACAUUACAGCAAGAAUAAUCCAUUGCUUUUAAAACAUCAGUUUUCAUCUGCAUUUUAGAUUUAGUAUUCAACAAAAAUUUCUUAUUAAAUAACUGAAAAAUAUAUGCAGGGAGACUGUAGACUGUAAAAUGAAGGAGAAGCUUAGCUUUACAGUGGAGUCUGAGCUUGGGUGUAACCUAACUAGCUAGAGGAUAUGCAAUUCCUGAUUGACAGCAGGACCAGCAUUAUGCAGAUUUUGUAGGAGAGAGCUGCAGCUCAGAAACAGUGAUUAGGGGCUCUGUUAGGAAUCUCUGCGUUCACCACGUCAGAUCUUUAGGUUUGUAUUUUUCUGUCUACUGGAUUUGUAAACAAAUAGCACAAAACAGUGCCUCUUUUGUUUUUAUUAAAGUAAUAACUGCAGUGUAGUUUCAGUCUAUCAGCUAGGCAUACAUGUGCAGAAAUCUGAUAUGCUCCCUAAAUUAGCUAAUUUUUAGCUGUGUUCCAUGCUUAUCUCCAGACCUCUGUGUGUUAAAUCCUAUCUCGAGCUGUUCUCUUUACAUACAAGUGUGUUUUGUUUGUGCCUUCCUGUCUUCUUCAGUGAGAAGCUUUAUGUAGGUCAGGCUUGGCUUAAGCAGAUUUCCUGAACCUGCGUCAGCUUAAGCUGGAGGAAUUUUAAUAAACCCUCCCCUGUAGGCGUGGGCCUAAAUGAGGCUAGCCUAGUUAAGCCUGAUCUUUUUCUGUUUGUGAAAAGAGCUGAGCAGAGCUGGAGGCUGCAUGGUGGUUUCAGAAAAGAACAAUGGUAGGAAAGGCUAGAUCUUCCAAUUUUACCUUAUCUGAAAAGCUUGAUUUGCUAAAGCUUGUGAAGCCAUAUGUUAAAAUUCUCGAAGAACACACUAAUAAACAUUCAGUAAUAGUGGAAAAGAAUAGAUGUUGGGAUAUCAUAGCAGUUAACUAUAAUGCAGUUGGAGUAGACCGCCCUCCUCGAACAGCGCAGGGCCUACGCACCCUUUACAAAAGGCUCAAAGAAUAUGCCAAACAGGAGCUAUUGCAGCAAAAAGAGACCCAAUCAGAUUUUAAAAGCAAUAUUUCUGAGCCAACCAAGAAACUUAUGGAGAUGAUUCCCCAGAUUUCCAGUUUUUGCCUGGUAAGAGACAGGAACCACAUACAAAGUGCAAACUUGGAUGAGGAAGCACAGGCUGGUACCAGUUCACUACAGGUAAUGUUGGAUCACCAACCUGUUGCUAUUACAGUGGAGGUGAAGCAAGAAGAAGACAUUAAACCACCACCUCCACUGGCUUUAAAUUCUCAACAGAGUGAUACUUUAGAGCAAAGAGAAGAACAUGACUUAGUACACGUUAUGGAAAGAUCUUUGUCGCCAUCUCUGUCCUCUGUUGAUAUGAGAAUGACAUUGUCUCCAUCUUCUAUUCCAAGGAGAGAUGGAUUUUUUCGGCACGAGAGUGGAGAACACUUUAGAUCAAUAUUAGGGUAUGAUCCUCAGAUUCUGCAAAUGCUGAAAGAGGAGCAUCAGAUAAUUUUAGAAAAUCAAAAAAAUUUUGGAUUAUAUGUUCAGGAGAAGAGGGAUGGAUUGAAAAGAAGGCAACAGCUAGAGGAAGAACUGUUAAGAGCAAAAAUUGAAGUGGAGAAGCUGAAAGCAAUUCGCUUACGGCAUGAUCUGCCAGAAUAUAAUGGUCUCUAAAAUUUUUUUUGAAUCUUGCACUUUAAUCAUUUUAAUUUUGGCCAAAAUUUCAUUCAGAAUAUCCUCAAGCAAAAUGCGUAUUCUUGAAAAAUGUUGUUACUCUCUAUUAUGGAAAAACUUUGUUGUUAUUAAAUUUUCCUUUGAGAUACACUCAGAUUUACUUAUUGGUUAGCAUGAUUAUAUAUUUCAUUCUCUUCCCCCCAUUUUUUUUCUAAGAAGUUUGUUGGCCUUAUAAAAAGAUAAUUUCUUCUGCUCAUUAAAAUAUAGCAUGUUGUUGUUGUUGUGUGUCCUUGAGUUGACUGCUACUCAUAGCGACCCUAUAGGACACAGUAGAACUGCCCCGUAGGAUUUCCUAGACUGUAAUCUUUAUUGGGAGCAA